ACCAAUUUCACAACACUCCUCCCUCGAUCCUCGACCUCGAUCAACAUACAAUGUCCACGGAGACACCUCCGUCAUCUACGGAUACGCCAGUGACGCAUCCGACGACGACUACUACAAGUUUGGUUACCAGCAGCGUCCCGGCCCCCGCCACCGAGAGUGACGCCAAGCCUCCUCCUGCACCUCCUACCGACUCAUCCACCCCAACAGCUGAGCCUGCCGACGCCGACGCCGAAAUGCGCUACCCGAAUGGUAUGCACCCCAUGCUGCGGUACUGUAAGCCGUACUGGUGGCCGUACCGCACCUUUGUGAAACAGCGCUGGAUCGGGCGCCAGCUACUCGAGGUGAUUGCGACCGAGUUCCGCGACCGCUCUGUGGAGUACUACCGGCACGCGCUCGAGAGCGGUGUGACACGCGUCAACGGCGUCGAAGCGUACCCGGAGUACAUUUUGCGCGACGGUGACCGCUUGGACAACACUGUGCACCGCCACGAGCCGCCCGUGACCAACGACCCGGUUGCGCUCCUCCACAUUGACCGGGAGCGCGAGUUCUGCGUCAUCUCCAAACCGGGGAGCAUGCCGGUACACGCGGCCGGGCGCUACUUCAAGCACACGAUGCUUGAGAUCCUCAUGGCUGAGCACGGGAUCAAGGGGUACGCGGUGAACCGGCUGGACCGGCUCACCUCCGGGCUGAUGAUCUUGGCGCUCUCGGCGCCGGCGUCGCGCCUCCUCGCGGCCGAGUUCUACGACGGCAAAGUCGGCAAGGAGUACGUUGCGCGCGUACGCGGCUGUUUCCCCGAAGAGGAGAUCACUGUCGACCAGCCCCUGCUCACCGUCGACCGGCAGAUGGGGCUCGUCAUCAUCGCGCCCGAAGGCAAAGAGUCGCAGACGGUAUUCAAGCGGAUGAGCUACGACGCUGCGCGCGACCAAAGCGUCGUCCACUGCCGCCCGCUCACGGGGCGCACGCACCAGAUCCGCGUGCACCUCCAAUACCUGGGCCACCCGAUCGCGAACGACCCGAUCUACGCGAGCGAAGCCGCGUUCGGCCCAGAAUGCGGCAAGGGCGGCGUCGACCUCGUCGAGCAAGGCGAGCAGAACACGCACCUCGCCGCCCUCGCGGAGCGCGUGCACGCCGCCAAAAUGAGCGGCGGCAAGGCUGUGCUCCCCACCCCUGCGCCGCCGCCUGUGCCAAGCGACGCAGACCGCCUCGCGGGCAAAGAGGCCGGCCCCGCACACGCGGUCGGCACCACGCGCGUCACGGACAACGUCGACCUCACCUCGCCCAUCCGGCUCAGCACGCAGGCGCGCAACGUCAUCGCCACGCUGCGCCGCCAGCGCGACGAAGCAGAAGACUGGGUCAAGUGGAACGAGGUGAUCUACGCCACCAAGGCGGCGCAAGCUGCGCUGGAAGACUCUGCUUCUGCCUCCGCUUCGGCGUCUGCCUCUGCUUCCGCAUCCGGCGCCUCGACGCCGGCGGCAGCAGGCAAGCCGCGCCGCAAAAUCCCCCAUCCGCGCGUAAACCAGGGCACGCGCGCACAAAAGGCGGCCGACCGCCCCAGCAUCCCCGAGGACGCGAUACGCACCAUGCCGCGCCCGGCGCACGUGCCCCCGGGCUUCUGCGACGAGUGCUUCGUCCCCGUCCCCGACGAUCCGGACCCGACCACGCUCUUCAUCUACCUCCAUGCACUGCGGUAUACUACCGAACGCCUCGGCACGUGGGCCACGCCCCUCCCCCGCUGGGCCGGGGAGGAGUGGGACGGGGACUGGCGCGGGUGGGCCGGCGAGGCGCCUGUGUCGCGCGUGCCCAGAGAGGCGUUGGAGGCUGAGGGGCGGGUCGGGGAGGUGUCGCAGGCGCCGCUGGCGCCGCAGACGGAGGAGAGGGAGGAGAAGGAGGAGGGCGUGCGGGCUGUGGGAUAGAUGCAUACCAAAGCAGACGGCCAUCACCGUUGCGUCACCAUUCUUUGUAACCUCCAU